GCUCUCCCCUAUUUCGAUCGGCUUGAUUACGCAGCCAUGAUGUGCAACGAACAGGGCUAUUGUCUUGCUGUGGAGAAGCUGUUGAACAUAGAAGUGCCCCCUCGAGCGAAGUACAUUCGAACUUUAUUUGCGGAAUUAACUCGUCUUAUGAAUCACUGUUUGGCUGUCGGAUCGCACAUUCUGGACGUGGGGGCUAUCACGCCAAUCUUUUGGUUAUUUGAGGAACGAGAGAAAAUGUUUGAAUUCUAUGAACGCGUUUCUGGUGCUCGAAUGCACGCGGCCUAUUUCCGUCCUGGAGGAGUGUACCUCGAUUUACCGUUAGGUUUGAUGGAUGAUAUGUACCAAUUUUUGGAGAAGUUUGUGCAGCGCAUCGAUGAGGACGUUGGAAUUGUCACAGCUGAAGAUGCACUGGAUAUGGGCUUCUCUGGCGUCAUGCUCCGUGGCAGUGGCAUCCAAUGGGAUCUGCGCAAAACACAACCCUACGAUGCGUAUGCGGAUAUCGAUUUUGAUGUACCGAUUGGAAUGAACGGGGACUGCUACGAUCGUUUUGUCGUCCGUUUGGAAGAAAUGCGUCAGUCCAUCAGAAUCAUGCAACAAUGCCUAAAUAAAAUGCCUGCCGGUGAAGUCAAAGUGGACGACGCAAAGAUCACACCGCCAAAGCGUUCAGAAAUGAAAGACUCAAUGGAAGCGCUAAUUCACCACUUCAAACUAUUCUCCGAAGGAUACUUGGUCCAAAUGGUGUAUCACUCAAAUCAUGGCACUAGAAUCUUCAAGACUGAAGUGUUGUUAUUCGCUUUACUCCGAGGUUACACUAACCCCAAUUCACACAGAAUUAUGAAUUAUGACGAAUUGGCGAUUCAGACGAAAGCAUUGUUACAUACCAUUCCCGGAGAUUUGGCUAACGUAGAGCGUCGCACUUUGAGUAUUACUUCGUUGGAUCAGUCUCCCGAAGUAACCAAACUUAUCAAAACAGUCGAAGCGAAUAUUUUACAGAUCUCUUCUAACUGCGAUCGGUUAAACAAUCUGCUAUUGUCCUUGGAGCCAAUUUCGCGUCGUUCGCAGAUGCGAUUAUCGUUGGAUCAAAUGCGGCAUGAAUGUAAACACUAUCAGUCCAGUCUCGGUGUGGCUCAACGAAGACAAGCGGAAAAAGAGCGACAAUUAAAAGAACGCGCAGACCUGUUGGCACACGAUUUUACCACGAAUGCCGCGUUGCGAAACAAGCUGGACGGUAGUGGUUCAACUGUGAUCAAAUUGGACUCCGAGUUGGAACAUCACUCACGGUUGUCCGCGGAUGACAAUGAAAUCAGCUCACAAACGUCUCCUGGAUUUGAUGAACACACUGGGACUUUCGAAUACCGUGAUGCGACUGAUCGAGCGUCGUACACACCAAGACAAGGUUAUAUUUUGGCUCCUUGUCGUCGUGUCGCUGGUUCUGAUGUGGGCUGUCUGGCGAUACUUUCAUUGAACACAAUUCGUAAGACCGCGAAGUGGCAGUCGCAUCUGAAGGCAAUCACUCCAACUACCCUUUAA